CUACAGACAACCAUAAAGUGGUGAAAGUGAUGCUGAAAGGGUAUGGAAAAAAAUCCACGAAAACCCCCGUUUGGGAAGCUGAUUAAUAACAGAGGGAAGUCCCAGAAUAAAUGGAGAACUGAUGAAUCGAAAAAGUUUGAAAUUGACAAUAUCGAACUGGAGAAACUUAAGGAAAGAAAAGAACGGUUUGCAAAGACUAAAUCUACUGGAUAUGGAUUCAUUAGUAGAGGGGAGGAUAAUAGGUUACAAGUAAAUGAAGGGGAAAGAAUAUUAUUUUUUGAAGAGAUCAAGAUUGACUUUGUACACUAUUGUAAUGGUCCAAACCUUCCAGAAUAUAUGAGAACCUUAAUUUCACAACGAGAGAUGGUUAUAUCUAGUGAUAGUAGCAAUGAUCUGAGCCUGUCAAAUCUGAAAACUAGAUGUGAUCCAACAAUCGAUUCAAUUCUUACUUCUCUCAGGAAACUUAGAGAAGCUCUAUUAUUUGCACCACCUAAUGAAUUUUCCAAAUCAGUGUUCUUAUUUUCCAUUCGUAUAGCUGUAGCUGCGGGAAAGUAUCAAACAUAUGUUCCAAGUAUAAUAUAUUUACUAGAGAGAGGAAUAUAUUUGCUUGAUAACCUGGAAAAAGAAGAGAUAGUAACUCUACUUACUUUACAUCUUUCACAUUUCAAUGGAGAAAACAAUCGUGGAAUCGAGGUAUACUAUAAAUAUAAAUUAAACGAUCCAGAGUUAUUGAAAACUCUUAAAUCAUGGGCAACUGGGAAUCACCAUGAAUGGAUACGACAAUACAAUGCUGAACUGGAUGGAUGUAGGAGUGCAUUGAUGGCAAUUGGUCUUCCACGUAUGAUUAAAAUUUUGAUACAAGAGUUUACUGCCACGUAUUUUACCAUUGAUAAGAAUCAUUUGGAAGAACUCUUCCUACCAAUUGGUACCAAAUAUAGAGACUUAAAUAGAUAUGGUUGUACUUGGAAAGAAGAAAACAAUGUUGUUACCAUUAGGGAUAGAACAAGAAAGAAAUAGGAAGAACAAAAUAGCAAAAAUAUAUAAAUAAAAAUAAAUAUAAGGUC